AUGUUCCAUCCUAUCAGUAAUAACGCUUUAGUUAUAAAAACGACUGGAGGGAAGUCAUCAUUCGAGCAACGUCUAAGUCAAAUUCCCAAGCCGCGCGCGAAUCAAGCACUGGUGCGCGUCUCUCACGUGGCUCAAAAUUCAAUAGAUGGCAAGAUAUCCUACUCGUUUGACAAUGGGAAUUUCGGAGACGGAGAUGUUCUGGGAUGCGACUUCGUGGGCACUGUUGAGGAAAUUGGAGAUGCUGUCUCCAAGCUCAGCAAAGGUGACAUAAUCGCUGGAAUUGUUCUAGGGGGGAAAAUCAAGGGUCUCGGAGGGUAUAGCGAGUACACUUUGGCUGACGAGGAACUCUGUUUUAAGCUACCGCCCAAUAUCCCUCGAGAAGAAGCCGUCACAGUCCCGCUGGCAGUUUGUACGGCCUAUCUGGGCCUUUUCUCCGCGGGGUGCCUCAACAUUGACCGGAAAGAAGGCCCGGAAGCUUCUAUCCUCAUAUGGGGUGCUAGCUCUUGUGUUGGACGUUUUGCGAUUCAAAUUGCUACGAUUUAUAGAUUCCGUGUUAUAGCAACCUGUAGCCCCAGCAACUUCGAUCUUGUCCGAUCGCUAGGAGCAAGCCAUGUCCUUGAUUACCGUGACAUGGACGUGAUACCUCGCAUCCAUGAGCUCUCGCCGAGGCUAGAAUAUGCUUUCGACACCAUGGGGUCAUCGAAGACUUCAUCUACUGUCUCAGAAGCGCUCACUGGUGUCAGCCGUAGGCUAUGCACCAUACGUCAAAGCGAUGCAUAUCAAUCGAAUAUCUCUUCAUAUGCAUCAAUUACUGACGUCUGCGUUUGGAAGGCGUUUUUGCACGAUCACUGGGAAGGUGAAAGGCGGUUCUCUCCAUCAGUAAGCAGCCACAACUCGGCAACUGAAUUGUUUUCCGCUGUCGGAAAUUGGCUCCGAGAUAGUAUAAUAAAACCAAACCAUCCACGAAUACUCAAGGGAGGUUUGUAUGCUGUUAAAUCCGGCUUUGAACUGGACCGCUCCGAAGGUCCCCUUGAUUACAAACUCGUAUAUGAAAUUUAAGAAAGUCGUCAAUUCUAACCUGAAUGACUUAUCGUGACGGCUGGCUCUUUCUGUUUGGUUGGGCAAAAGGGUCCAAUCACUGCGUGGUUGAUCUGCCCGGCAUUUCGAACACAUCGCUGGCGGUAUUGGAAAACGCGAUAUUUCUGGGGCCUCCUAAUUGACUUUUCUACCAAUCUCAGAACAUGCGAUUUAAUGUUGCCCUGCCGGAAAUCGUUUUGGUUAUACCAGGCUGUAUUGAUAUCGCUGCAAAAUUGACUCUACCAAAUAAAUUUAUCAUUCCGUUAUCACGGGGUCAUACUAGAUCCUGAAUAUACACCAUCUUUGUUCCGGCGGAGCAGCAGAAAAUAGUUGACGAUACAAGUGCAGUUGGACUAUCUACAUCAGAUAUUCGCUUCCCCGAAGUGAAAGCCCAUGGAAUUAGAUUAAAAUUGAGCCCUGAAAUUCCC